AUGUCUGGAGUGAAUAUGGUGCCCCAGCGUGCCUUCUUGCUCUCUCUAUGCCAGCUUGCGCUUGCAGCUGGGCUUAGCGAUCAACAGCAUGGCCACCCCUACCCCGUGCCGGCCAUAUGCACACGAUCGGGGUUUUGCGCGGAGUACUGUGAGGGGAGCGAGACCACUCUAGCGUGGGACAGCGCCACGUGCCUGGAUGCCUGCAACAGUGACGAUGGCUACAAGGCGAUCAUGGAAGUUGUCGACCAGCAAAUGUGCAAUGACCUUGACAGCUUCAUAGGCAAGAUAGACAAGGCAAAGAUCAUCUGCAAAAAUGGACUCUGCCGAAUUCCAAGCAAGAGGGGGUCGUGCUUCGUGGAUAAUCAGAAAUGUCCAAAAGCGCUGGCCAGCUCACCCGGCCUCGGUGGCCUCAUGGAAGCAUACUGCCAGAGCUGUGGCAGUGGCCCAACACCGACCACGGCCCCAGCCACUACUACAGACGCGCCCACCACCACAACCACCAUGGCCCCCACAACCACCCCUACCACCACUAUGACCACUGCACAGGAGACUACGAUCCAGGAGACCACCACCGUGAAGGAGACCACCCCUGAACCUGACACUACCAAUGGAGCGGAGACCACCACCGAGGAUGAGAGCACCACCCCAUCCAUGGACACCACUACCGGCCCUCCAGGUGACGGCACCAUCUGCGAAGAUGACGGGUUCUGUGGUGCCAUUUGCGACCUUGGCUUCGGUGGGGCAGAAUGCAGCGCUAACUGCGACCGCGAUGCUCGCAAGAUCACCCGCCAAUUUUGCAGGUGUGGCGUCUGCUCUGAGCAUUUGCUCCUGGAGAAUGAGGACGUUGGCCUCCUGCACUUCCGCGCUGACAGCUCGCGCCGCGGCCGAAGCUGCGAGUGCCGCAAGCCCAAGUUCUACUGCAAGAAGCUCUGCGAUGACGGCCUGAAGUGCAAGGGCCAUGAGGAGCUGUCUUGCAUGGUCGGCUGCCUGGAGAAAUUCUCGGAGGUCCAGGGCAUCCUGGAAGAGUAUCAGGAAACCUGCGGCUGUGAGGACGAUGACAAGAAGAAGGACGAUAAGAAGAAGGAUGAUGGCAAGCGCAGGAAGAAGGAUGAUGACCAUGGCAUCAAGAAGAGGGAUGAUGAUAAGCGCAGGAAGAAGGACGAUGAUCACAGGGGCAAGAAGAAGGAUGAUGACAAGCGCAGAAAGAAGGACGAUGACGAUGACAGCGGCUCGCGCUCCCGCAGACGCAAG